AUGGGGCUUUUCCUGGGCCUCCUGCUGCUCGUGGCUGGGCUCAUGCUCCGGGAAACAGCUGCCAACCGCUGCCCUGCAGCCUGUAUCUGCGACAACAUCAGGACCCACGUCCUGUGCCUGAAGAGGAACCUCACAGAGAUACCCAGCACCAUCCCGCAGAUCACCAAAAAGCUGGAUCUCCGGGGCAACAACUUGAAGGUCAUCCCUGCAGGAGCUUUCCUCAAUAUCCCAUACCUCACACACCUAAAUCUGCAGCACUGCAAGGUGGAGAGCAUUGAGGAGGGAGCCUUCCGGGGACUGGGAAGACUGGUCUACCUCAACCUGGCCUCCAACAGUAUAUCUGUUAUCUACCAGGAGUCUCUGGACGGGCUGUCUUUCCUCCAACAGCUCAUCCUGGAGAAGAAUCGCAUUGAGGAGAUCCAGCCAGGUGCUUUUGGCCAACUGGGGUUCCUCAGCUUCCUCAACCUUGGUGAGAAUGCCCUCGUCUACCUCCCAGACAUGGUCUUCCAGGGCCUGCAGGUGAUCAAGUGGCUCCGCCUGUCUCAUAACGCCCUUCACGUCUUGGGCAACGAGGCCUUCGUCGGCUUGCCCGCCCUGAGGAGGCUGAGCCUGGACCACAACGAACUGCAAGCCCUCCCCAGUGAGGCCCUGGCAAGACUGUCUGGGACAACACGACUCGAUCUGGGCCACAACCCCAUCACCUACAUCCCCGAGGAGGCCGUUGACAUGGCUUCCUUGAAGCACCUCUUCUUGGACAACGCGUCUCUCCAGGACAUUUCACACAAAGCCUUCGUGAGGAGCCCCCAGCUGCGCACGCUGGACCUCCGCAACAACCAGCUGCAGGGGCUCCAGCCGCUCGCUGCAGCCGCUGUGGCAAAAAUCAGCUUGGCCGGGAACCCCCUGCUCUGCUCCUGUCACCUGCGCCCCUUCCGCGAGUGGAUGGGGAGGGCACGGGUGAACGCUGUGAGCAGAAAGUGCCCAGCGGGCUGCACCUGCGCCCUGGACUUCCAGCAUGGCAGCUGCGAGAACAGGAACCUCCAGGAGAUCCCGCGGGGCUUCCCCAGCACGACCCAGCUCCUCGACCUGCGGCGAAACCACUUCCGAGCGGUGCCGCGGGGCUCCUUCCCCGGCUUGAAGAGCCUCGUCUCGCUCCACCUGCAGAGCUGCAAAAUCGCCUCGUUGCAGCCCGGGGCGCUCCAGGGCCUGCAGAAGUUGGUCUACCUCUACCUCUCUGACAACAACCUCUCUGCCUUGGAGGCCGCUGCCUUUGACGGUGCUCCCCAGCUUGCCUACCUGUACCUGGACCACAACAGCUUCACACGGGUACCCCAGGGUGCCUUCAGGCUCCUCCCCAGCCUCUUCUCCCUGCACCUGCAGCAUAAUGCCAUUGGGCAGCUGUCUGCGGGUGACCUGGAGGGGAUGGAGAAGCUGCGCUGGCUCUACCUGACGGCAAACGCCAUCAGUAACAUAUCCCCGGCGGCCCUGAGCCCUGCCAGGAUGCUGGAGAAGCUGCACCUGGAUGGAAACCGCCUGAGAGAAGUGCCCACGGGGUCUCUCCAGGGCCUGCCUGCCCUCAGUGAGCUGAAGCUGUCCAAGAACCCCAUCCAGUCCAUAGGGGCCAACGCCUUCCUGCCGCACCUCUACCUGGACAACAUGGGCCUGGAGCGGAUUUCUUCAGGUGCUUUCGCUGGCCUCGGUCCCAAGAUUAAAAGCCUCUACCUGGAAAGCAACAAAAUGAGUCAUAUCCCCGACAUGCGCAGCUUCACGGGGCUGGAAAUCCUCAACCUGCGAGAUGUCCCUUUCCACUGCGACUGCCAGCUCCUUCCCCUGCACAGGUGGAUUGACAAACUCAACCUCCGCGUAGGGGCCACCUGCGGGUCCCCUGCUGAAGCUCGGGGCCAGAAAGUGAAGUUUUCCACCAUCUUCCAAACCUGCCCUGGUUGGGCCGGGGACAAGGCCACAGGAGCCAGUCCCAACAAGGCCAUGGCUGCAGGCAGGCCCAGCAAG